ACAACAAUUAAAUAUAUAUCAUAAUUUUUUAAAAGAUUAAAAACACUUUUAAUUUUUUUUUUGAAAAAUAUGUAAGUUAAGAAACAACACAUUACUGAGACAUUUAUUGCUUUAAAGACUGCUUGAAGAGAAAAGUCUUUGUCUGAUGACAGAAUGAGAAGAGAAAGUGGGCCAACGUGGCUUCUUGGGGCAGGGUGUGACGAAGCCUGGGAGCAACCACCAGGAAGGCCUUCUCUUGUGUCCUUGCCAAACAAGCUUGGGAAGGUCAUGGAACUGAGAGAACGGCCUUCCCAGAAGAUUUUAAGAGUUGAGAAAGCUCAUAUGAAGUGAUACAAUCCUUCAAAUGGCCAGAACCCAAGCCAUAUAGGGCUUUCUAGGUUACAACCAGGACUUUGAAUUUGGCUAAGAAGGAGACUGGCAGUCACUCUGGGGUACAUUGUAGAGUAUAGUGAGUUUGCACAAAAUAGAGACAGAGAAUCCAACAGCCUAGUCCGUUGCUAGAUGCCCACAUGAAUUGCGUGUAGAAUGUAUGCACAAUGUCCAGAGCCAUAGUAAACAACAUUAGGACAAUUUGCAAUUUCUUUGUGAACAAAUCCUUUUGGAAAGAGUGACUCGAAAGCUGAAACCUACAUUGCUUUGAUGGUAGGGCCGGCCUUAGGUCCAGCUGUCAGCCAUGUAGAUUUGAGGAUUCUAGGAGUUGUCGUCCAAGGAAGCUACUUUUCCAUCUUUGGUUCUGUUGCUCUUCACAUCUGGAUCAAGAGGACGAGAUUCAUACUAGGGAGAUGAAGGCCAAUCUGGGUGGUGGAACACAGCAUUAUCCUUUGGCCAGAGGUCAUGGAAUCUCCCAGGGUGGCUCCUCAACUGGUGAGGUGCCAGGCACUGCAGAGACUGCCCGACAACGUUUUACCUCCCACAGAGCAUCCCAUGAGGGAUACGUGGAACUUCAUGAACUGAUCAUGGACCACAACAAUGAGUUUCGCUGGCUAGAGGCUUCCCAUUGGAUCAAGCUGGAGGAAGACUUUGAUGAUCUGGGGCACUGGGGCAGACCUCAUCUUUCAUACCUGACUUAUCGAAGUCUUCUGGAUGUACGUAGGGCUUUUACCAAAGGAACCAUUCUACUAGACCUAGAAGAGAAGAGUCUAGCAGGAAUCGCCAAUCAGGUGCUUGAUCAAAUGGUCUUCGAAGGGCAACUCAAGACAGAUGACCGAGAGCUGGUCUUGAGAACACUGUUACUUCAGCACAGUCACCCUGAUGGUUCCACUUCAUUAGGCUCGUUUUCUCCUGCACGACUGCAACGGACGGAAGCCAAAGAUGUUGCAGAGCCGCUUUUGCAGGAACACCAACAAAUUGAGAUGAAGAUCUUGCCUUCCAGCUCAGAGAAGGAAGAAUCAACUAGCGGCGUUUUGAAAAAGCCACUUUCAGAGAAGAUUUCACCUGAAGCAGAAGCCACGCUAGUCCUGGUUGGCUGUGCCAGCUUCCUGGAGCGCCCCACUCUGGCCUUUGUACGCUUGAAGGAUGCAGUGGAGUUGGACUCAGCCCUGGAGGUCCCUGUGCCUGUCAGGUUUCUUUUUGUGCUUCUGGGUCCAGAAUCCCCCCACAUCAGCUACCACGAGAUUGGGAGAGCCAUCUCAACAAUGAUGUCUGAAAGGGUGUUCCGCAAUGAGGCCUAUUUGGCUGAGGGAAGGCCAGACCUGGUGAAGAGUGUCGAGGAAUUCCUAGACUGUUGCAUUGUCCUUCCACCUAGUGAGAUCCAAAACGAAACACUCCUCAAGGCAUUGCUGCCCGUGCAGAAGGAGCUCCUGCGUAAGAGGUACCUGCCAGUGGAGAAGAAGCUGCCGAGGGAGGAGCUCAUCGAAAGCCUAGCAGAGAAACAAUUGAAAGACCAGGUUGGGAAGCCAGACGACGACGACGACCCUCUUAGCCGGACUGGCAGGCUUUUUGGGGGACUGGUGAAAGACAUCAAACGACGGUACCCCAAGUACCUCAGUGACAUCAAAGAUGCUCUCGACCCUCAAUGUCUGGCUGCAGUCAUCUUCAUCUACUUUGCUGCCCUUUCUCCUGCUAUUACCUUUGGAGGCCUGUUGGAUGAUAAGACUAAACACUGGAUGGGAGUAUCAGAGCUUUUACUCUCUACUGCAGUUCAAAGCGGACUCUUCUGCUUGCUUGGAGCUCAGCCUUUGCUUGUGGUUGGCUUUUCUGGACCCCUUUUAGUCUUUGAAGAAGCUUUUUUCAAGUUUUGUGGCGAUAUUCAAUUAGAGUACAUCGUCGGAAGAGUAUGGAUUGGCUUUUGGCUUAUACUCAUAGUGGUUGUUGUGGUGGCUUUUGAAGGGAGUUUCCUGGUGCGCUUCAUCUCCCGUUACACUCAAGAGAUCUUCUCUUUCCUUAUCUCUCUCAUCUUCAUCAUUGAGACUUUCGUCAAACUUAUCAAGAUCUUCGGAGAUCACCCACUGCAACAAGAGUAUAGAAACAGUACUACUUUUCAAGAUGAUAAUCCAACAACGCCCCAGCCCAAUACUGCUCUGCUCUCUCUUGUUCUUAUGGCUGGGACAUUCUUCCUUGCUUUCUUUUUGCGCAAGUUCAAGAACAGCAGUUUCUUUCCUGGCAAGCUCCGACGUGUGAUUGGUGACUUUGGUGUUCCCAUUGCCAUCUUCAUCAUGGCAUUGGCGGACAACCUUAUUGGGGACAUUACAUAUACUCAGAAACUGAAAGUUCCGAAAGGCCUUCAGGUGUCCAAUCCAGCUGUACGGGGCUGGUUUAUCAAUCCUAUGGGACUAGAUACUAAUUUCCCCAUCUGGAUGAUGUUUGCUGCAGCUUUACCAGCUCUCUUGGUCUUCAUUCUUAUCUUCUUGGAGUCACAGAUCACCACGCUGAUUGUGAGCAAACCGGAGAGGAACUUGGUGAAAGGAUCAGGAUUCCAUCUUGAUCUGUUUCUAAUUGUUAGCAUGGGGGGUGUUGCACCACUUUUUGGUAUGCCCUGGCUCAGUGCCACCACUGUGAGGACUAUCACACAUGCUAAUGCCUUGACAGUAGUAGCCAAAACUACAGUCCCAGGGGAGAAGCCCCAUAUUCAGCAGGUGAAGGAGCAGAGGCUCACUGGCUUUCUGGUGGCCAUUCUUGUUGGUCUCUCCAUCCUCAUGGAACCCAUUUUGAAGUUGAUUCCACUUGCAGUCCUUUUUGGCAUCUUUCUCUACAUGGGAGUGACAUCUCUCAAUGGGAUUCAGCUAUAUGAUCGCAUCCUUCUCAUGUUGAAGCCACCAAAAUACCAUCCCGAUGAGGCUUUUGCUAGAAAAGUAAAAACCUGGCGCAUGCACAUCUUCACCCUCACCCAGAUUGUAUGUCUAGCAGUGCUGUGGGGAGUAAAAUCUAGUCCGGGCUCUCUCGCCUUGCCAUUUAUCCUUAUCCUGACUGUGCCUUUGCGACGCUACCUGCUCCCUUUCAUCUUUAGUGAUCUUGAACUUAAGUGUUUGGAUUCAGAUGAUGCUCAUGUGACUUUUGAUGAAACAGAAGGCCAGGAUGUUUAUGAUGAAGUCCAGAUGCCUGUUUGAGCACCUGCUAUGAGACAUCCUUCAGACAGAUAAGGAACCAAUAGCCCUUCCCCAAAACACUGACAAAAGCAGAAUCUGGAAGAAUGUUUUUCUGCAUCUAUAUGAACCACACUGGUAAUCAUCCCACAGAUGUAAAUGCACAAAUGCAUAUCAUCAUCACCUGGAAUCUGUAGGAUUUAAAUAACUAAAAUAUGCUUUCGAUCUUCUUCCAGUCAUGUUAGUUUUGUAGUGAAAUGUUAACAAAAAUUUAGGAAAUAGACUUAUUUUCCCAGAAGGGAAACAAAAACAUCAAAGCUGUGCAAGGCUUGUGAAGAGAUAUGUCCAUGGACUCAAGUUUUAUUGCUGUCUGUAAAUCCAAUUUUUCUUUUCUGUGCAUGUAUGUGUGAGAUUGUGUGCGUACACAAAUGUGUGUGAACCUUUACCAAUUGUACGGAGAAAGCCCCAUCUCAUUUUUUCGCAAAAUUGUUUUUUGUCACUAAUCAGCACCAGUACACACUUAUGAAUGCCUGUCAGAAUUUUCAGAAAGGAAUCAGUGGUUUAGACACCUGGCUGCGGAGCCAGAAGUUUGGAGGUCGAUUCCCCACUGUGCCUCCUUCACCAGGGCCUAGACCUGACAAUCCAUAGCCCCCCCCUCCAGCUCUAUAAUUUUAAACUAAUGAUGAUGAAAGGCUGGAAGUGGAAAUGCAUCUGCUUCAUCCUCACUGUAUUGAUCGUACAUCUGUUGUUGGAAUGGACCGAAAACAUGACCGAAGCUGAGAAGAACUAGCUUGUGUGACAUGAUCUUUCUUGGACAUGGAAGCUGCUGGUUCAGAAAAGACUUGAGUAAGCAGAUAAAAUAUAGAAGGAAGACAGAAAACAAAGAUAUUCUGUAGAAUUCAUUGUGCUGUCUUUGCAGAGGAAAGAAACACCAUCAUUCACCUCUGAUCAGAAAGCUGAUAUGGAAGUGGCAGAACUAUGAGGAAGAAUCAAGACUGCUCUUUGAGUAGGAAUAUUGGCUCAAAAGAACCAGCUCUGAAUGAGUAGAAUGAGGAGAUGCAGUCCAAAAAAUGAGGUUCAGGGAGAUGCUGGCCACUGGAUACCAGAUUUCACUUUUUUGCACCUUCACCAACAGAACUAAAACUGUGGUGGUGAGAGGUCUGAAACAAUCACCCCUGUGAGUUGUCAUUAUCUUCUGCUGCUUUGCUUUCUUUACUUUUUCAUUAUCUGUUCGCUCUUGCCACUAAGUAAAUGGCUAUUAUUUCCCUUUCCUUGGGAGCCACUGCACUCUAACCACUGAACAAGAGAAAUAUUUCUAUCAGUGUAAAUUAGCUACAACAAAUGACAUGUGUGUAUCUUAAAGUGAUGCAUAGAAUUUGAUAUCUAGUGCAGACUUGCAUCCUCAGACUCCUAACUUUCGAAAUAACAAAAUACAUUUCUAGAACUCAUCACACAGGCGAAGCUUGCAAAUCUCUCCUGUGCCUCUGCUUCUUCCUUUUCAAUACAUUUGAAAACUUACCAGAGAAGUAAAGCUAGUCAGAUGUCUUGCAAACGGACUUAACUUAUGUGACAUGUUCUUACUGUAGGAUAUGGUUUUAUAUAUUUAUAGAACAAAAACAUGUGGUAACUGCUCUGCCAUACCUGUACUUUAAAAUGUUCUUGGAGUACAAGAGAAGCAUAUCAAGCAGCUUAAUCGUAUGUGACUAACAUGAUGUCUCACUUCCCCCAGUUCACCCAAAGUCUAUGCUGUAGGUGCUGCUAACAGUUCUAAAUCAAGCCCUGUGAUUCUUUGCUAAUCUUCAUUUGACUUCUCCAGCCACCACCUUUGCAGUCAAACACUUGAUGACGGAUCCCACGCAACCAUCUCCUUCCUCCCAGUUAACUGGAGCAGUGUUCCAGUUUAGAGCAUCCAUUCCUUUUUGUACUGAGCUCAGAAAAUUCCCAUGUUUCCCCAAUUUCUUCUUGGGUGAGCAGGAGCAGGAAAUCUGAAUACAGCUGUAAACAUGUCACACUCUCCUUUUAAUAAUGUGCCCUUCCCUGAAAGUUUUAAAAUAUCUGCUGUCGCAAAUAUGCAUCUAAUUCUACAAGAAAUUAUUCCAGCAAUAAAGUGGGUGUUAUACUUUCCAAACCAUAAAGGUGCUAAAAAUCAGGGAAACCUGUUCUUUGUUGCAACCUGUACUUUCUAAACCCAGGCAUGCGUGGGCUGUUAUGAUGCUUCAUUAUGAGUGAAAAGCUUUCGAACUACAUCUAGAGGACCUAUUUUCCUCAUUGUUGUUUCACCUAACCAAGAACUGAGCCCUGGCUCAAAUUAUGCAUUGCUUAACAAUAAAUCUGAAUAGCAGCACGA